AUGAAGUAUAACUUUGCAGGAUCACUGGGAUGUCCACGGCUGCACUUCAGCAAGAGCUUGGGUUAAUAUCUGCACAAGGCAAGGAAGUCACUCGCCUCCAUUACUAUUGUGGGCAGCAGGACUGGGUGAGAUAGAUUAGGAGCAGCAGAGACCUGCCAGUGCCUCUAAUUUAGCCCCUGCUCUGUUUCUAAUUUCCCACCGCACUCACAUCAAGGGCUCUAAAUUUAAUCCAGCCCUCUGCCUACACCCCUUGCCGUUGCCCCUGCUGUGCCAUGGCUUUUAGACAGAGAACAAGCCCGGCAGCCUUCCCCAGUUCGGUGGUGCUGGGCAACCGCUGGCCGGUUCUGGCCCUUCAGGCUGCUUUCCUUGUGAGCUUCGUAACUUGCAACGAUGCCCCACCGGUGCCUGACGACCAACUGCACAUAGAGAAGCGAUGGGUGCCCGAUACCUGCCAGCGACAUGUCACAGAGGGAGACUUUGUGCGGUACCACUACCAUGGAACCUUCCCCGACGGGACUAAGUUCGACUCCAGUUAUGAUCGGGGCUCCACAUAUAAUGUAUUUGUGGGUAAGGGCCAAAUCAUAGCCGGGAUGGACAAAGCCCUCCUGGGGAUGUGUGUCAAUGAAAGACGAUUUGUAAAGAUCCCGCCCACUCUUGCCUAUGGAAGCAAGGGAGUAGCGGACGUGAUCCCCCCGGAUGCCAUACUGCACUUCGAUGUCCUGUUGUUGGAUAUCUGGAACCCCACAGACACGGUUCAGGUGGAGACGUAUUAUAAACCAGAGAACUGCACUCGUCAAGUUGAAGUAUCCGACUUCAUACGUUACCAUUACAAUGGGAGUCUGAUGGACGGCACCCUGUUCGACUCCAGUCACAAUCGAAUGCGAACCUACGACACUUACGUUGGAAUCGGCUGGCUCAUCCCCGGCAUGGAUAAGGGUCUUUUGGGAAUGUGUGUAGGGGAAAAGCGAAUGAUCACGGUUCCGCCGUUCCUUGGAUAUGGAGAAGAUGGUGAUGGUAAGGAUAUCCCUUCCCAGGCCUCUUUGGUAUUUGACGUGGUCUUAUUGGAUUUGCACAACCCCAAGGAUGGCAUCACCGUGGAGAGUCACUAUGUGCCUGAAGACUGCGAGAGGAAAACUCAGGUUGGGGACUUCAUCAGAUAUCACUACAAUGGAUCCCUGCUGGACGGCACCUUCUUCGACUCUAGCUAUUCCCGCAAGCGCACUUAUGAUACCUACAUCGGAAAGGGUUAUGUGAUAGCUGGCAUGGAUGAAGGCUUACUUGGCCUUUGCACCGGAGAAAAGAAGAGGGUGAUCAUUCCACCACAUCUCGGUUAUGGGGAAGAAGGGAAAGGGAAAAUCCCAGGGUCGGCUGUGUUGGUGUUUGACAUCCACGUCAUUGACUUCCACAAUCCGCAGGACUCUGUCGGCAUUGUCUCCCUGUUUAAACCCAGCAACUGCUCCGUACUGAGCAAGAAGGGAGACUACGUGAAGUACCACUAUAAUGCCACCCUCAUGGACGGCACCGUGCUGGAUUCAACGCAUCAAUACGGCAAAACGUAUAACAUUGUGCUCGGAUCAGGCCAGGUGGUAAUGGGGAUGGAUAUCGGCCUUCAGGAUAUGUGCAUCGGAGAGAAGCGGAGCAUUGUCAUUCCUCCACACCUGGGCUAUGGGGAGGCUGGAGUGGAGGGAGAAGUGCCUGGAAGUGCCGUUUUGGCCUUUGACAUUGAGCUUUUGGACUUGAUACCUGGACUUCCUGAUGGGUACAUGUUUGUGUGGAAUGGGGAGGUAUCUCCCAACCUUUUUGAAGAUAUUGACAAAGAUAAAAAUGGGGAGGUCGUCUUAGAUGAGUUCUCUGAAUACAUUGAUACCCAGGUUAAGGUGGGAAAAGGAAAACUAGCACCGGGUUUUGACCCCAACAAGAUCAUAGAGAACAUGUUUACGAACCAAGACCGAAAUCAAGAUGGCAAGAUCACCGAAGAGGAGUUCAAAUUGAAAGACCAAGAAGACAAAGAGAUACAUGAUGAACUGUAAUAGUAGUAGAGUAGAGGAUUUUCUGAAAGUCUGUACCUGAACGGACUGUGGGAAAGAGAAUCUAGUGUAACAGUGCGUUUUAAUUGGCUCGAUUUUAAAUAAUUCCAUCCUCUUGAUGGAUGUGUUAGAGUCAGAUUUAGCCAUCAAAUUCAGAUUAUAAAAAAAAAGUCAGAAUAUGUUCCUCGGGGGAGGAGACAAUUCAAUAUAUUUGCUGUAGACGGAAGGUGUCCAAGGUAAAGAAAGCAAAGAACUUCUCCCUUGCCAUGAAAUGAUUAUGCAUUUUACAGGCCCUCCUUGAUGGACACUUUACCGGAAGAUUUAAUUAUUGAAUUCACAUUUGGGAUAAAAAAGACCGACAAUGUUCCUUGGGGGUGUAACCAAUUCAGUGCCAUAGAUUGAAUGUGACCAAGUCUACUCCAAAGAAAGAAAAUCAUUUAAUAUACAAAUGUAUCUAUUUUUGCCAUUAUCUGAUAAUACAUGACCUUUUGCAAAAAUGCACUGCAGCUUAUUGGGUUAGCAAGGCCAUAUUGCAGUGCUGGGGUCCUGAGUUCAAUUCCAACCUGAGUUCUAUCUGCAGGGAGUUUGCAUUUUUCCCCGUUGUGUCUGUGUGGGUUUCCUCUGGUUAUUUCCAUACUCCAAAAACAUACAGGCAGGUUUAUUGGAUCCUGAUAAUAUUGUACAUUGGGAAUGUGAUAGGGACCUUAGAUUGUAAGCUCCUGUGGGACAGAGACUGAUGUGAAUAAUAAACAAUCUUUAACAUGCUGUAUAAAUGUGUCGGGAGGGAGGAUGAUGAUGAUAAUCAAAAUGACUAACUUGUACAUAUUUCAAUAAACAAGUCGGGCAUUGCUAUUUUAAAUGACUUCUUUGGUACAGUACUGAAUACGUUAGAGCAGGUAUAUAUCCCAAUAUUUGUGCCAAACAGCAGGAGACCGACAGUUUGAAAACCAGUGAGCUAGAAGUUGGCAGUCUACCAACAGAACACUGGUUAGUGUCCACAGAAUUUCGAAAGUAAAAAGAAAACUACAACCCUCCAAACAGGACUCUCCAAGUUGAGGUCAUACAUCAGCUCCCAUCAUGCUCAGUGACUUGGCUAAUGGAAUCGGAAGUAGGCUGCUGAUCUUUAUUCUUGUACAAAGGUCCCAAAUUAUUGUCGGAACAUUUACUGGAGAUAGAUAUAUAGGUCAGUGCAUUACAUAUAUCAGUAUUGGCCGCUGUGUACAACAUCUUGCUGCCUGGGGUCUUAGGUUCGAUUCCAGCCAGGGCACUGUCUGCAAAGUGUUUAUAUGUUAUUCCUGCCUGCUCUCCAAAAACAUGGUGUGCAUUUGGCUUCUGAUAAAAGUGAUGAUAUUGUGGGUGUAUGCAAUAGGAAUUUUAGACUGUAAGCUCCACUGGGGUAAGGACUGAUGUGAAUGAUGUAUAAUCUCUGUAAAGCGCUGUUGUUGGUGCUAUAUAAAUAAAGGAUGAUAAUAAUA